AUGCGCUUUCUUGCCUUGUAUUCUGCUCGUCGGAAACCAAAACACGGAGCAAAUUCCGCGAGUUUUCUUGUCAUUUCCAGCACGAGAUUUGUCACGAGACUAAAUGAGCGACACAUUAAUGGUGCCAAUCCUUCACUGGAGCUCACCGCGUCCAAAGAGCACUGUUAUCAUCAGCCUUGGGGAGAAACGUACACGUGUUCUGUGUGUGGACGAGGCUUCAGCCGAUCAUCUGGCCUGUCAGAACAUAAAUGCAGUUACAAUGGGGAGAAACCAUGGAAAUGUGGAGAUUGUGGAAAAGGAUUCAAUUACCCAUCUGACCUGGAAACACAUCUGAGCAGUCACACUGGGGAGAGACCGUUCACCUGCCCUGAGUGUGGGAAGGGAUUCACUACCUCCUCCCACCUGCUGACACACCAGCGAGUUCACACUGGGGAGAGGCCGUUCACCUGCCUUGACUGUGGGAAGGGAUUCAUUGAUUCAUCCAACCUGCGGAAUCACCUGGAAAUUAACACUAGCCAGAGGCUGUUCACCUGCUCCAAGUGUGGAAAGAAAUUCAUUCAGUCAUCCCACUUGCUGAAACAUCAGCGAACUCACAAUGGGGAGAGACCUUUUAAAUGUCCAGAUUGCGGGAAGUGUUAUAAAAGCUCCAGAGACCUGAUGUCCCAUCAGCGUGUUCACACUGACGAGAGACCUUUUAAAUGUCCAGACUGCAGGAAGUGUUAUAAAGGUUCUGGGGAAGUGAUGUUCCAUCAACGUGUUCACACUAAUGAGAGACCAUUCAGGUGUUCUCACUGUGGGGCUGGGUUCAGGCCAUCAUCUAAGCUCACUGUACACCAGCGAGUUCACACUGGGGAGAGGCCGUUCACCUGCUCCGAGUGUGGGAAAGGAUUCACUUUGUCAUCCACCCUGCUGAGGCACCAGCGAAUUCAUACCGGGGAGAGACCGUUCACCUGCUCCCAGUGUGGGAAGAGGUUCUCUAUGUUAUCCACCCUGCUGAGGCACCAGCGAAUUCAUACCGAGGAGAGACCGUUCAUCUGCCUCAAAUGUGGGAAGAGAUUCACUCAGUCAUCCCACCUGCUGACACACCAGCGAGUUCACAAGAGUGAUGAGAAGCGGAGUUGACAGAUUUCCAACCUGCAUGAGGAGAACCCACUGGAUUUCAAAUCCACCGUCUUAAUCACUCGGCCACAACUACUCGGGAAGGAUGAUAGAAUGGAUACGGAGUGUUACAGAGAAAAACGGUAUUCGGUCCAUCCAGUCUGUGCCCUUCCCCCACCCUUUCCUGGUCACCUGUAAUUUACUGUCUCUGUCUCUCCUCAUUCUCCCGACCAGAAUGAAACACUGCACAGCUCAGCUGCCCCUUGCCCACAUGAAGAACUUUCUGGAACAACCUAGCAGAGCAAACCACCCAAAACUUUAGCAGUGGUGGGAUUCAAACCCACAGCUCCAAAGAGACAAGAUCCUAAUUCCAGUACCACACACUGCUCAACCACAUGACCACAUUCACAUCUGGAACAUUCAAAAUGACUAAUAAAAUCACGAAAGAUG